CUCUGGGUGCCUGGGUAUUUACUAUUUAGUGUAAGUCUCGUCUACAGUUAUGCCGCAUAAUCAUACUGUUGUCCAAAUCAAUCUCGUAGAAGGCAAUGAUUUUAAUGGUGAAACAAAGUUUAGCGACAAAAUAUUGACAAGCAAAAGUCAGUGAUUGGACCCCUUUGCAUACGCCAAAAUAAAUGGAUUGGUGAUUACGCUGCAUGGAAAAUUGAAGUUAAGAAUUACAUAGUUGAGCAGUUUUGAUCUCUUUUCUUCAAUGGACGGGGUAUCAGCCUCAGUGCCUCCCAUUUGUGAUGUAGUUUAGACCAACCCUUCGUAAACCUCAUAUUUGGGGACUAAAAACUUUGAAUAGCUAGGAGCUAUAUGUUUUUGGAGAACCAUAAUUAAGGUUCUCAUGCCGUAUUAGAUGGAAAGUUUUUAUCUUGGCAAGAGAUCAAUUCUAUGAGAUCAAUAAGUUGUAUGUGAACUUUGCGAGGAGAGCUGCAUGAUUACUCUUCAAAUGCUGCUCUCUAAAACAAGAAGAUACGUAAAUCCCCACCAAUAUGCCUCUGUACUUCAAUUUUGUAUUACUGAAAAAGCUAUAGAACCCGGAAAGCAACUCCAUGCGCAACUCUGUGUCAAUGGCAUGCUAUUUCACAACACCCAUUUGGCCACUAAACUCGUUAAUGUCUACUGUGUUUGCAACUCCUUAUCAAAUGCUCACCAUUUGUUCGAAAAAAUGCCGAAAUCAAAUUUGUUUCUUUGGAAUGUUUUGAUUCGAGGGUAUGCAUGGAAUGGACCAUAUGAAGUUGCGAUCUCUUUGUAUUACCAGCUGAUUGAUCACGGGCUUGUUCCGGAUAAUUUCACCUUUCCUUUUGUGCUGAAAGCGUGUUCGGGCCUAUCCGAUGUUGAAGUGGGAAGGAAUAUUCAUAAGCAUGUGAAGAAAACUGGGUGGGAAAUGGAUUCUUUUGUGGGUGCUGGACUUAUUGAUAUGUAUGCAAAAUGUGGUUGUAUAAAUGAAUCUCGACAAGUGUUUGACAAGAUUGCCAAUAGGGACGUUGUGUUGUGGAAUUCAAUGCUUGCUGCUUACUCCCAAAAUGGGCAUCCAGAUGAGUGUUUGAGACUCUGUGGUGAGAUGGCGUUAGCAGGGUUUAGGCCUACCGAAGCAACACUAGUGACGGCUACAUCGGCUUGUGCUGAUGCAGUGGCAACUGUACAAGGGAGAGAACUACACUGUUAUAGUUACAGACAUGGGUUUGAAUCCAAUGACAGGGUGAAGACUGCCCUUGUGGAUAUGUAUGCAAAGAGUGGGAAUGUAGGGAUCGCGAGGAUAUUAUUCGAGGGACUAAAAGAGAAGAGGCUUGUUUCUUGGAAUGCAAUGAUAACUGGAUAUGCAAUGCAUGGUCAUGCAUAUGAAGCCUUCUCUUUGUUUAAUUGGAUGCGGGCUGAAGCUCAGCCUGAUCAUAUUACCUUCGUUGGGGUUCUAUCGGCUUGUAACCGAGGAGGACUGUUAAAUGAAGGGAAGAUGUAUUUUGACAUGAUGAUAAGAGAUUAUGGUAUAGAACCUACCAUUCAGCAUUAUACCUGCAUGGUUGAUCUCCUUAGCCAUUGUAAUCGUUUGAACGAUGCUUAUGGAUUGAUAAUGGAGAUGAAGGUGACACCAGAUUCUGGUGUUUGGGGUGCCUUUCUUAAUUCAUGCAAGAUCCAUGGAAAUGUGGAGUUGGGGGAACUGGCAUUAGAGAGACUGAUUGAGCUUGAACCGGAUGAGGCUGGCCAUUACGUGCUUUUAUCAAAUCUCUAUGCUCAAACGGGAAAGUGGGAAGGAGUUACGAAGCUAAGAAAGCUAUUGUCAGAGAGGAAACUUAAGAAAAGCAUUGCUUGUAGCUGGAUUGAGGUUAAAAAUAAGAUGCAUGCAUUUGUAUCUGGAGAUGUAACUCAUCCUAUGUCUGAUGAGAUAUAUGCAGAAUUGGAAGAAUUGGGAGGACUAAUGGCAAAAGCUGGAUACGUUCCAAAUAUUUCACCAGUUUUCUUUGACGUGGAGGAUGAUGAGAAGACCAAAAUGGUGUACAGCCACAGUGAAAGGCUAGCUAUUGCAUUUGGACUCAUUAAUACACCUGCUGGAGCUAAGCUUCUGAUAACGAAAAACCUUCGUGUUUGUGAGGACUGCCAUGUUGCCAUCAAGUUUAUUUCCAAAAUUACACAAAGGGAAAUCACUAUAAGGGAUGUCAAUCGCUAUCAUCAUUUUAAAGACGGUAUAUGCUCUUGUGGCGAUUUUUGGUGACUUCUGUCAACCAUCUGGUGUUUCUUUAUCCAUAAAAGAAACAUUAGAACCUCAAGGAAAAACAUGAAUAUUUGGGAAUUACCAUAAAGGUAUUGAUUGAGGGUAGUCAUAUUCAAUGUAGGGAAGCAGUGGCUGCAACUAAAGUUGAAAAAUCAAGCUAAGCCAACAAGAAAUAACUCCGAAGACAGAUUUCUGCAGAAUAAUCACUCCAAAGUUGAGUGAUUGCCUGCUCAAUUACAUCCCAUAAACAGAGAAUAUCAACAGUACCUCAAACACUGCCCCCUACGAUCCCAAUUGAAUUAUCGACUCUUCCCAACUUAUGAAUGAACAAGGUAUAGUCAUACGAUUGUUUUAUUUAUUUACUUGUAUCUCAGAUUACUAAUUUUCUGAAAUAGUCUUGUAAUGUAGAAAUUAUGUUUCAUUGUAAACUUGGUACAAGUUCACAUCAAUAACAAAUGUUU